AUGCUUAGAGGCAUCUUCCACAUAUGCCUCUUGGCAUCAUUUCAUCUUCUGCCAUUCUCCUCCGCCUUUUACGACAGUGGCUUCACCGAUGGAGCAAAUAUUGCUCCUUCUCCAUGGUACCACAAUAUUGUCCCAGCAUCAGAAACCGCACCAUCCCCAACCCCCACCGCCAGUCCCCCAACUAACUCAGCUCCAUCUCCCAGUCCUAUGGCUGCAUCGUCUCCUAUCAACAACAGCUCUAUCUCCGACGACAUGACAUGGUGGUGCAACAAGACUCCACACGCUGAGACAUGUGGUUUCUAUUUCCAAAGAAGCCCACACAACAACAUAAACCAACCACCAAGGUUCCAGUCCGAGUUUCUACGAAUGCUGGUCCACGUAGCACUUGACCAAGCCGUGAUCACACACGCUCAAACCGUAAACUUCGGUCCAAGCUGCACCAACAACCAACGGAAAGCCGCUUGGUCAGACUGUGUAAAGCUAUUUGAAAAUACGGUCACUCAGCUGAAGCGGACCCUCGAUGGACUUAACCCGGCGGCUUCUAGUGAUGUGAAGUGUUCGGAAUUCGACGCACAGACGUGGCUCAGCACGGCUCAAACCAACAUUGAGACAUGCCGGUCUGGCUCGGAGGACCUUAACGUCUCGGAUUUAGUCAUGCCGGCAAUCUCCAACAAGAACUUGUCGGACUUGAUUGGAAACUGCUUGGCUGUCAAUGGAGUUCUCAUGAAGCAACAUAAUCAUACGACUGAUAACCACAAAGAAUACUUCCCAAGCUGGGUCUCAAGAUACGAAAGAAGAUUACUCGUAUCAUCCUCUUUAGCGAAAUCGAGACCUCACCUAGUGGUUGCAAAAGACAGGUCCGGCCAUUUCCGGUCGAUCCAAGCUGCGAUAGACUUCGCAGGAAGACGAAGAGUCAAGUCAAGAUUUGUAAUAUAUGUGAAGAGAGGUGUUUACAGAGAGAACAUUGAAGUCGGCAACAAUAACCACAACAUCAUGCUCGUUGGCGAUGGUGAACGAAAAACAAUCAUCACCAGCGGUAGAAGCGUCAAGGGUGGCUAUACCACAUAUAACUCAGCAACAGCAGGCUUUGGAGGUCAAAGGUUUGUAGCAAAGGACAUGACAUUCAUCAACACGGCAGGGCCAUUACGAGGCCAAGCUGUCUCUGUUCGGUCAUCCUCUGAUCUCGCUGUUUUCUACCGUGUCGGUAUCCAUGGAUUCCAAGACACUCUUUUCAUCCACUCGCAACGUCAAUUCUUUAGAGAAUGUUACAUCUCAGGGACCAUAGACUUCAUCUUCGGAAACGCAGCUGUCGUGUUCCAGAACUGCAUGAUUCUUGUCCGAAGACCUCUCCAUGGCCAAGCCAACGUUAUAACCGCUCAGGGUCGUGGUGACCCUUUUCAGAACACAGGUAUAACCAUCCAUAGCUCAAGGAUAAUCGCGGCUUCUGAUUUGAGGCCUGUGAUUCGAGCUUACAAAACUUAUUUAGGCCGACCGUGGCAAAAGUAUUCGCGUGUUACGAUCAUGAAGACCUAUAUAGAUAACUCUAUCAGUCCCUUGGGAUGGUCUCCUUGGUUAAGAGGAUCCAAUUUUGCUCUCAAUACAGUUUUCUAUGGAGAGUAUAAAAACUUUGGACCAGGUUCUUCUACAAGGUGGCGCGUCCGGUGGAGAGGAUUUCACGCUAUAACCAAUGCUGCUGUUGCUUCACGGUUUACUGUGGGAAGCCUCAUCGCGGGUGGUUCGUGGUUGCCUUCUACUGGCGUGCCGUUCAAGACAGGGUUGUGAGAAAAGUUGCAUGUUCUAUCCCAAAGACUAGUGUGUUAUGUGUGUAUGUGAUCCUUGUUAUUUAUUACUGAUUUAUUUAUAUCUUUUUACAUUAUUUUUAAACCAACAAAUCUCUUGCUUAUUAAAAGAGAAUCAAAUUUAAAAAAUAACUUUAUUUUCGUAUUUUAAUUUCAUAUUUACUAUUAUU